CCCAAAAGAACCUUGAAUUUUGGAAUUCACACCGUUUUCCGUUCCUCUUUUAUCUGUCAGAAUCAUGAUUCCCAACAAUUAAGAUUAAUCAACUUCAACUCAACCAUGUAAGUUCUAACUACCACACUAUCCUACAACUCUUCACUAAGCUAAACAAAUUUCAAUGAUAAUCAUUCUUAUUUUAUCUUUAAUUGUUUUUACAUUCUAUGAUUUGGGUUGAAUCUCAAAACAACCAAAGAUUGCAUAUUUCUUCAAACCGAACAUCAACACUUUGAACAAAUGUAUUGGGUUCUUCUGAAUCUUCUGCUCUUUCUAUGUUGUUCUUUUGACUACAAGAAACAAUUAGAAUGAGAAUGACCCCUUCAAUUAUCUUCAUCAUAGUAAUUUUAGCUAUUGUGUUUUUCAUCUCUGGUGUCCUCCAACUGUUUGUUAGAUUUCUCAUACGAAAAAGAUCUUCUUUAAGAGCUUCACAGUCCAAUAAUAAUGGCAACCCUCAAAUUUCUGAACCUGAUCCUUAUCAGAGACAGUUGCAACAGCUCUUCAAUCUCCAUGAUUCGGGUUUAGAUCAAGCUUUCAUUGAUGCUCUACCGGUUUUUAUGUACAAGGAGAUAAUAGGUUUGAAAGAGGUGUUUGAUUGUGCUGUUUGUCUUUGUCAGUUUACUGAACAAGAUAUGUUGAGAUUGUUGCCUCUUUGUAAUCAUGCUUUUCAUAUUGAUUGCAUAGAUACAUGGCUGCUUUCCAAUUCAACUUGUCCUCUUUGUAGAGGGAGUCUUUAUGAACAUGGAUUUGCUUUCGAAAAUCCGGUUUAUGAUGAAUUUGAGAGUCUGAGUGAAGAAAAUAUGGUUGUUGGUGAGGGUAACUCUGUUAACAAACAUGCAGAGAAUCAUAUAAUGAGUGGGAAAAGGGUUUUUUCUGUUAGGCUUGGGAAAUUUAGAAGCUCAAAUAAUGGAGAAGGGGGUGUGGAAAAAGGUGAAGGAGAGUGUAGUAGUGAAAGUGUUGUUGGUGAUGUUAGGAGAUGCUUUUCAAUGGGUUCUUACCAAUAUGUAGUUGCUGAUUCAGAUUUGGUAGUGGCUUUGUGUCCAAAGAGAGGUGAAGGAAGAGGAAAGAGUGCUAGUAUGAGACAUUUGAAAGGAGGGCUUGUUCAAAAUGGGAAUUGUUCCAUUGAUGUGGAUGUUGUUGAAGGGAAAAAGAUGAAUGUUGCUAGGAAAGGUGAAAGCUUUUCUAUUUCAAAGAUUUGGUUGUGGUCUAGGAAGGAUAAGGUAUCAAGUUCAUCACAAUCCCAUUUGGUUAAUUCUAAUGUCACUUCAACUUUGCCAUGGAUGAAUAGAGAACUCAAGGAAGCAACUUAGUGGUUAUGUGUUUUAGACAACUUUCAAAUUUUCAAUGAGUUCAUUCUUGGAACUCCUUUUUUCCCUUCAUACUACUAUAGUUUUCCUCUUUUAUUGGUUAUAUACUUGUAAAUUAUGUCA